AUGGAUGGUCGUAACUAUCUACUCUGGAAAUUUCAAAUACUUCCAGCAUUGGUCGGAGCAGAACUAACGGGGUAUGUAGAUGGUUCUCUCACAUGUCCCUCUCGGUACCUUUCGGAUAACACUACCCCCAACCUAGCUCAUUCGUCGUGGGUCAAACAAGACCAAAUCUUGCUCAGCUGGCUCCUUGCUACUCUCACUGAACCAGUGAUUGCACAGCUGGUUGGAUGCUCUACAAGUCGAGAUGUUUGGUGCGUGUUAGAGAACUUAUAUGCGUUUAAAUCAAAGGCUCAAAUUACCCAACUUCGGAACCUGCUUCUACUUGUCAAAAAGGAUGGUGAUUCCAUGCAUGCUUACCUUCAAAAAAUCAAAAACGUCAAUAACAGUUUGGCAGCUGCUGGAUCACCUCUUUCAGACUCGGAUAUUACUCACCAUGCUCUUCUGAUUAAUCAGGAGAUUCGAAUUGAAUCUCCUAUGCAGUCUCUAUCUUCGUUUCCCUCUGCUAAUUACUUGUCCACAAAUUCCAGCCCAAAGCCUCGACAGUUUGAGAAAGAUUCCAAGGACUCCAGCAACACUGGUAAGUCUAAAUAUGCCAAUAACCCAUGUCAGAUCUGUGGGGGUUGCAAUCAUUUGACUUUCUGGUGUUGUCAUCGGUACAAUCAACACUUUAAACCUAAGUCCAAGAAGACCGCUGCACCCAAUGACUCUGCACUGGCAGAAUAUAACACGUCUCUGAAUGCUUCAGAUGAGGAUGACUGUUGGUACCCAGACUUCGGGGCAACUAAUCACAUAACCUCAGACUUAAGCAAACUACAACUGCAUUCAAAAUACACUGGUCUUGAUCAGGUCACUGUUGGCAAUGGUGAAGGUUUGGCAAUAUCUCAUACUGGUUCCAGUACUAUAUCAUCUGCCUCUCGUUCUUUACUUUUGAAAAACAUCUUACAUGUGCCUAAUAUACAAAAGAACCUACUCUUUGUGGCUCAGUUUUCUUCUGAUAAUGACGUUUACUUUGAAUUUCACCCUCACACUUGUAUUGUUAAGGAUCGGUGA